AUGGCUACGUUGCAAAGACUGGCCGCCUGCGGCGCCGCCGCCUCAAGGCUGGCCCUACGUCCCGUCGCCGCCCGCCACACAGCCGCCGCCCGUUGCCUGUCGACGACGCGCGCGCGCCCGUACGCCACGACCGAGCACGUCGGGACCCGGCUGGUGCCCGUCGACGAGGACUUUGCCAUCAACGAAAACAUCUACGGCCUCCAGAACGCCGAGCCCAAGACGAAGCGGCGGUCCAAGGAGAACUCGGUCGAGGACCGCAAGGUCCGCCACUACACGGUCAACUUUGGCCCGCAGCAUCCCGCCGCCCACGGCGUGCUGCGGCUGAUCCUCGAGCUCAACGGCGAGGAGAUCAUCCGCGCCGACCCCCACGUCGGCCUGCUGCACCGCGGCACCGAGAAGCUCAUCGAGUACAAGACGUACCUCCAGGCGUUGCCGUACUUUGACCGCCUCGACUACGUCUCCAUGAUGACCAACGAGCAGUGCUUCGCCCUCGCCGUCGAGAAGCUGCUCAACAUUGAGAUCCCCGACCGUGCCAAGUACAUCCGCACCCUGUUUGGCGAGAUCACCCGCAUCCUGAACCAUCUCAUGUCCGUCCUCUCGCACGCCAUGGACGUCGGUGCCCUGACUCCCUUCCUGUGGGGUUUUGAGGAGCGAGAGAAGCUCAUGGAAUUCUACGAACGUGUCUCCGGUGCCCGCCUCCACUCCGCCUACGUUCGCCCCGGAGGCGUCCACCAGGACAUCCCCGUCGGCCUCCUCGACGACAUCUACCAGUGGGCCACCCAGUUUGGCGACCGCAUCGACGAGACCGAAGAGAUGCUCACGGACAACCGCAUCUGGAUCGAGCGUCUGCGCGGCGUCGGCGUCCUACCCGCCCGCGAGGCCCUGAACCUGUCCUUUACCGGCGUCAUGCUGCGCGGCUCCGGCGUGCCCUGGGACGUCCGCAAGAGUCAGCCCUACGACGCCUACGACAAGGUCGAGUUCGAUGUGCCCGUCGGCACCAACGGCGACUGCUACGACCGCUACCUGUGCCGCAUGGAGGAGUUCCGCCAGUCGCUCCGCAUCAUCCACCAGUGCCUCAACCAGAUGCCCGGCGGCCCCGUCCGCGUUGAGGACUACAAAAUCUCUCCGCCCCCGCGCUCCGCCAUGAAGGAGAACAUGGAGGCCCUCAUCCACCACUUCCUGCUCUACACCAAGGGCUACGCCGUCCCCCCUGGCGAGACCUACUCCGCCAUCGAGGCCCCCAAGGGCGAGAUGGGCGUCUACGUCGUCUCUGAUGGCAGCGAGCGCCCCUACCGCUGUCACAUUCGCGCCCCUGGCUUCGCCCACCUUGGUGGUUUCGACCACGUCGCUAAGGGUCACUUGCUUGCCGACGCCGUCGCUGUUAUCGGUACCAUGGAUCUCGUGUUUGGUGAGGUUGAUCGGUAG